UAGUGUUAGGACAGGUGUGGGAGAGACUGAUAAAUUUCAUGUGAAAGUAGGAUUGCACCAAGGCUCGGUGCUUAGUCCGUAUUUAUUCUCAUUAGUUUUGGACCAGAUAACAGCGAAACUACAGGGUAACAUUCCAUGGUGCUUAAUGUAUGCUGAUGAUGUCGUAUUAGUAGGAAAUAGUGAAAGAGACUUAGAACAAAAACUGGAACAGUGGAGACAUGCUCUGGAGGAAAAAGGUUUAAAAGUUAGUAGGACAAAAACAGAGUAUUUGGAAUGUUCAUUUAAAGAUGGAGCUACUACAAAUAAAAUGGUAUCUUUGGAUGGUGAAAUGAUUGUGAAAAGCAAUAGUUUUAAGUACCUAGGAUCGGUAUUACAGAGUAAUGGAGAAAUAGAUGGAGAUGCAUGCAGUAGAAUUAGGGCUGGAUGGAUGAAGUGGAAAGAAGCGAGUGGUGUGUUGUGUGACAGAAAAAUUCCAAUGAAGCUGAAGGGAAAAUUCUAUAAAACAGCCAUAAGACCGGCUAUGAUGUACGGAACUGAAUGUUGGGCAGUGAAAAAGAAAGAGGAACAACGAAUGCAUGUGGCGGAAAUGAGAAUGCUUAGAUGGAUGAGUGGAGUGACAAAGAAGGAUAAAAUUAGA